AAAAAAUUUAAAAAUAAAAUCAAGCAACACUUGCAGAUUUAGUAUUGAACUUUGGGCACAAGAGUUUGUUUGUAUUAAAAAAAAACAUGUAGCUUUAAUCUAUGACUAUAAAGUCCCUAGCAAUUGUUAUAUUAUGCUAUGUAUAGACUGCGACAAGUCAUGAUAACCGAAUAUAGCUUAAAAAAAAACUCAAAAGACCGGCUAAUCAGUUAUCAAGCAAUAUAACAGCAGUGAAUUCAAUUAUAGUGACUAUAGAAUAACCUAAACAAGCAAAAAUGUAUUUCAUCGGAACAUUAAGAUUGCAAAUUUUUCAUUGAAUAUAAUAUAAAUGAAAUGUAUACAUUUUUUAAAGCGCUGCUUCAAAGUUUGGAUAACUAAUGUGUAAGCUUUGCUUGUGAUAAAAAAAAAAUACUUUUUGGCAUCGAAACCCAAAUGCCUUGCUAUGUGUAGCGUAUUCGAUGGUAUAAAGCGUAAAUAGUUAAUACUACUACUGAAGCCGGGACAGUUGACAGUUGCCUCAGCUGCAUCAUGGACGCCGCUAAAAUGCUCUCUAAGCUUGCCAUACGCUGGCGUUACGCCGGCGAACAGCUACAGGCAAGUUGGUCAACACUGCUUGAUGUUAUUGGCGAUGAUCCUCGGCAGCUUUGGGUGCUUGGCACCUGCACUGUGGUCUUCGUCGUUUAUUGGCUGUAUGCUGCAAUAUUUACACUCAUGGAUAUUACAAAUCGUCCAAAGUUUUUGCGUAAAUAUAAAAUACAGCCAGGGCAGAAUGAGCCUGUGGAAUUGGGUAAACUAUGGCGAGCCGUCAAAGUGGUUUGCUUUAAUCUCAGUGUGGUGAACUUAGUGACCACUUGGGUGCUCUUUGAGUUGUUGCUUAAACAUCGCAAUAGCCAGGAUAUACGUGUGCUGCCCAGUUUUGGGCGCAUUGUGCGCGAUCUUGUGGUCUUUGUGAUAUUGGAGGAGAUUAUGUUUUAUUAUGCGCAUCGUUUAUUGCAUCACAAGUCUAUCUAUAAGUAUGUGCACAAGAAGCAUCAUGAGUGGACAGCACCUGUGGCGGCCAUGACACUCUAUGCACAUCCCGUGGAGCAUGUGGUGGCCAAUUUGCUGCCCGUAGGCAUGUCCAUGUCCUUGCUUGGCACACACGUCACCACUGCCUGGAUCAUGAUUUCACUGGCAGUCGUUAACUCCAUGAGCGAUCACACUGGCUAUAGCUUUCCCUGGUCAGCGAAUUCCGUGCGAUUCCAUGACUAUCAUCACGCAAAGUUUAAUUACAAUUUUGGCGUUUUGGGCUGGCUGGACAAGCUGCAUGGCACUUAUCAAGCAACAGAUAAGAAAAAGCAAACACAGCAGACCAAAAAGAAGGCGCCCAAGAGCAAACCCAAGUUUAAAUAAACAG